AUGAGAACGCCACACCAGGGUUCACAAGCAGUGAAUUCUAAAGGAGUUGAUAUUCCUCACCUCGCUGAAGACGUGAGCCAUGGAUGUGUGGAUGCAAUGAGCUUAGUGAUUGAGGUCAGCAGGAUACAGUAAAAAAACAAUGGAAGUGGUGACAGCUUUAGAAUAUUUGAUGUAAAAAAGCUGGUAACAUGCACUCAUAUCAGGCUUGUCAGAGGACCAUUCAUGUUUUAACCAGGUUGCGUUAUUCUGCUUUCUGCAGAGCAGUCUUCCCUUGUUCAUCACAUGAAAUAACAGAGGUGGCAAGUUCUUCUCAUUAACAGAGAUCUCAGUGAAAAAUACCGCCAUCUUCGUUUCAAUAAUAAAACUGACAUCAGCCAUGUGACCGACAAGUUGGACUUGAACAGUCUCAGCAAAGAAGAUGAUUGGCAAAACAACGUUUUACCAACUCUGUUGGAAAACAAUGUGAAUCUAGUUUUAGUCAAUGGUGAGGAAAGUGAAAGACUAACACAGCACUGCUUAAGAAACUGUAUACUCGUGGUUGACAGGGUGAAGGCCGCCAUUUUGAAGGACUUUGCAGAAACAACAGGAGCUGUCCCUGUCACCUAUGCCACACAACUGACACACAACUGA